UUAAUAUAGUUUACUGAGUUUUUUUUUCUAACGUCGUAAAACCAUAAAAGCCUCCCUUCCGCCCUCCUUUUAACAGUGAGCUAGUAAUAGCAGCAGAAGCCUCGGACAUUUAACAUUAGCUCACCUCGUUACUUCGGCGGUUCUUGUGUUUCUGUCCAGGUAAGGUUUCACUGCUGCCAACAUGUCCGAGACAGCCGGGGAUGCAAAAUCGGAGGUGAAGCAGGCGAGCAAAGAAGUGAAGGAGAGCGAAAAUGUCGCGGAAAAAUAUUCAGCCAUGACCGUGAGCAGGAACAGCGAAAUUAACAUGGGAGAGCUGUCGUCGGUGUUCAGCGCUGUGCCCACUCACAAACCAGUCAAAAAGCAAAUUCAGUUUGUUGAGGAGAAACAGGAGUUCAGCAGGUUUCCCACCAAAACAGGCCGCCGUUCCCUGUCCCGCUCCAUCUCGCAGUCCUCCACUGACAGCUACUGCUCUGCUGCGUCCUACACUGAUAGCUCAGAUGACGAGACUUCGCCUCGGGACAAAACACAAGUCAACUCGAAGGGCAGCAGUGACUUCUGCGUGAAAAACAUCAAGCAGGCUGAAUUCGGGAGACGUGAAAUCGAGAUAGCAGAACAAGAUAUGUCGGCGCUGAUCUCACUCAGGAAGAGAGCACAGAGUGAGAAACCUUUAGCUGGUGCCAAAAUCGUGGGCUGCACUCACAUAACUGCUCAGACUGCAGUGCUGAUUGAGACUCUGGUGGCUCUUGGAGCUCAGUGCCGUUGGACCGCUUGUAACAUUUAUUCAACGCAGAAUGAAGUUGCUGCUGCCCUGGCAGAGAGAGGUGUGGCUGCGUUUGCCUGGAAAGGAGAAUCUGAGGAUGACUUCUGGUGGUGUAUUGACCGCUGUGUCAACACUGAGGGCUGGCAACCCAACAUGAUCCUUGAUGAUGGAGGAGACCUGACACACUGGGUGUAUAAGAAAUACCCAAACGUCUUCAAGAAGAUCAGAGGCAUUGUCGAGGAGAGCGUUACUGGAGUUCACAGGUUGUACCAGCUUUCUAAAGCUGGGAAGCUGUGCGUUCCAGCCAUGAACGUAAACGACUCUGUGACAAAGCAGAAGUUUGACAACCUGUACUGCUGCAGGGAGUCUAUCUUAGAUGGUUUGAAGCGAACCACAGAUGUCAUGUUCGGAGGAAAGCAGGUGGUGGUUUGUGGGUAUGGUGAGGUUGGAAAAGGUUGCUCUGCAGCUCUGAAGGCUUUGGGUGCUGUCGUCUACGUAACAGAGAUUGAUCCCAUCUGUGCCCUGCAAGCCUGCAUGGAUGGAUUCAGGGUCGUCAAGCUGAAUGAGGUCAUUCGCCUGGUCGAUGUUAUCAUCACAUGCACUGGGAAUAAAAACGUGGUGACCAGGGAGCAGCUGGAUCGUAUGAAAAACGGCUGCAUUGUGUGCAACAUGGGACACUCAAACACUGAGAUUGAUGUGGCGAGUCUACGGACUCCUGAGCUAACGUGGGAACGAGUCCGCUCUCAGGUGGAUCAUGUGAUCUGGCCUGAUGGCAAAAGGGUUAUCCUGCUGGCUGAGGGGCGCCUGUUGAACCUGAGCUGCUCCACCGUUCCCACCUUUGUCCUUUCCAUCACAGCCACCACUCAGGCCUUGGCCCUUAUAGAGUUGUAUAAUGCCCCAGAGGGACGUUACAAACAAGACGUGUACUUGCUUCCCAAAAAAAUGGAUGAGUAUGUUGCCAGUUUGCAUCUGGCCACUUUUGAUGCCCACCUAACAGAACUCACUGAUGAGCAGGCAAAGUAUCUGGGUUUGAAUAAAAAUGGCCCCUUUAAGCCAAACUACUAUAGGUAUUAGGCUGCCAGCACCACGGUCCGGACCAGCCCUACAUAGAUCUGUAUAUUUCUGAUUUUAGCCUUUCUCCUGGCAGCACAUAGAUUUAUCUAUCUUGUAUUUUAUACUUUUUACGGGAGGCACAACUUGUAUUCAGACGCAUCUGAUGUGAUGCUUCCUAUAAACGAUGCACGUGGCACUUAGCUGGCUAUAAAAGGCUAAUGUAAUAAUUGGAGUGCUUGGAUAUCUGAUAGAUGUAUAGAAUGUGUUUCCUUACUUGCUGGUUCCUGUAUGAGAGCUACUGAGAGCUUUUCCAGUAAAAUGUGCCAAAUCACAGAGGAUAGAGGUCUAGCGAAAGAUAAAGAACUAAAUACGAGAUAAAACUGUUUUGAGAGCCAAUUUAUUAUUAUGUUUUUUUUAGAUGUACAUAAUUACUGUAUGAGAUUUAAUUCUGAAAAUAUGCAUGUACCAAUUAAUAGUUCCUUAUUGAACCUUAAAGACUUAGCUGGGUGUUUGAUUCUUUCACUCACUUUUGUGCGUAAAAACUGUGUGAAAGCUUUCUGGGAUGUGCGCUGCCAUUAACACGAUGAGUGGGGAAUAUUUUUUCCUCAAAGUGGACCAAACGUGAAAACUUGUGUUUUUAAGGAAGCCAAAUUAAGCUUUAUUUGGGUAUAUUUAGUGUGGUUUGCUUGCAGAUGAGCCAUAGCAACUUAAAAAAAAACUUUGUUUCUAAUAUUUCUACCACCUAGUGGCCAAAUAUAGCUCAGUGCUGCUUUAAUGUUUUUUCUUUUCACAUAAAAACAUUUAUUCACAAGAGGCAUUCCAUGAGAGGGAGAAGAAGGGCCCUGAUCUUGACUAAUAUCAUGGUUUCUGCUUACCACAAUGAAUAAUUAGGACUAUAAUUUCUGGGGACAAAAAUGUUUCAGUAAUGUUUUUGUCACUUAAGGGCAUUUGCAUAAUCUGUAAAUAUUUUUCUUACAAGAUCUAUUUCAUUUGAUUUUCAGCAUCAUGUUUAAUCAGUAUUUUUUUUUUUAAAUCUCCAUUUUAUAAUGGUACUAAAUAAAUACUUUUGAAGUUUUAAUAAUGUGUUGGGUUCAACUGACCUGAUAAAAGUUCAUUUUUAGUGAUGUAUAUUCCAUUUUAAUUCUGCAGCAGAUAGAGCAGUGUUUUAAAAGUUAUAUUAUUCUUUAGAAUGAAGAAUAUGGGUCAGCAUAGGUCUUAUUUCAUGCAGCAGAUGGCUUUGUGGUUUUGAUAAAUUUUUUUAUACAGGAAGAAAAAAAGUCUAAAAUGCUUUGCAAAAAAACAAAAACAAACCUCUACAGCCAGUUCUAACCAAAUCUUGCUUUACAUUUUGUCUCAUCUUAUACACUUAGUUAUGUCUAAGCAUCAUUGUGCAGCGUUUUCGAUAUCCUCAUGACAUUUGCCUCUUUCUAACUAUAAGCCAUAACUUUUUUAUUUGAUCGUUUUUGGUAAAGCUGCAGAGUUUGGUGGUUUUUGUGCUGUCAAAACUCGUUAACACAUUUCUGUUGCCUGCAUUAUAUACUGCUGUACUUUGUGAUGACCAUAUUAUUGACUAAGUAACUGUCCAUUCAUGUUUGGUAUACUUUCAAAGUCAUCGUAAAACUGUGCACACUGCGGUUUCACCCUUUAAAAAUGUUCUUCUGCAAUAAGAUAUAAUUACUAUUACCAAUGUUUUCAGCUGAUGUAACCUUUUAAUCAGCCGAUUUGAGUCCAUUUCACCUAUUGUUGGUUGAGGAAUAACUGAGGGCUGCUGUGAAGUGCUUACUUGUUUGCACUGACAGCUUCAAUGGCAGUAGAUUCAGGGACACUCAAAGGAAUGAGAGAAAGUAAGUGCUGUAGCCAUGGUGACUAUUGGUUGACAGUGCCUUGCAACUCAUUUAGUCAUUUGUAUUUAAAACAGAGUUUAGUUUCCUCCAGAGUAUGACAUCUAUGCACUAAAACCCUCAUCCUUUCGUCAGUCUUAAGGAAUUUUAUUUUUCUGCAUUAGCAGCCCAGUCUCAAAAAUGUAAACUAUUUUACAUGUUCAAUGUUUUGAAAUUGCAGAUUUUCCCGUUUUAUUUCUUGUGAGAGCAUUUAGUCUUAUUCCCAUUGAAGCACCUGAAAACGCAUCUGUAAUCAAUGUAUCUGCUUUGACUAAUUAUAAUCACGUUAACAGUGAACACAAAUGAAUGUGAAUCCCAGCUACUGUCAUGUCGAGUCCCACUGUGAUUUAAAAGGAGAAUGUUGCAUUUGAAUUAAAGAUUCCCAAUUAUGUAAUGUCCUGCGUUUAACACAAGCUGUAGUUUAGUUUGAAUGAUUUUAUGAAUCUGCAUUCUGUUCAGCAUCUGUCCUAAAUAAAUGAUUCACUCUCGAAA